AUGGAAGAUAAAUUAAACGAAAUAAUCUUCUUAAUGUCUCAGACGUGUUCAAUGGGUGAAAGAUCAGAAGGCAACAUCCGGCCCACCUCCAUAAGGGCCCACCAUCUUCUUGAUGUAACGUACGGCGAUCAUGUUACCUCUGAUGAGCACCAUAGGAAUAUACAUUCAACAGAUCACUCACUAGACCACCCAGAAGGCGGUCCUGAACCAACGGUAAUCACCCAUAUCAAUACAACAAACACCGAUGGCCACUUAUUGCUAUCAACGAUAAAUAUUUUAGACCCAAAAGCUGAUUCGUCACUCAACAAUACUAUUUCAAGUCAGAGUAGUAUGCCAGCACCACCGAACGACUUAAUAAAUCGUCAUAUAAAAGGCUCGAUUGAUAAAGAACUUAAUAAAGGCAAUAACACAUUUAACACAAGCACUAAAGAUAUUAAAAUAAACAUCCUGAACAGUGGGUUGGGAGCACAAGGAACAGCAGGGAGUCAUAGUUCCGAGAAGGCUGUGGUAGAGAAAAAUAAAUCGGAAGUGCCGAAAGAUAGUGUCAUUUCUGAAAAUAAUGCAAAGUUAGGCCAUGAUUUGAAAUUAGUUGAAGUAAAUAAGAGCAUCAGUUCCAAAAUGAAUGAAAUUGUUCUGGAGAACGCAUCUACAACAGAGUCCACUACGUUAAUUACUACGAAUAUUGCUACAGAUUCAACAAUACCAACAAUUACCACUGAUUUUACAACACCGGAUAACACAUAUGUAACUCCUUCGACUUAUACAGAAACAGAAACUACAUAUUCACCCUACAGCACUUAUGAACCAACUACAAUAAUACCUCAUUCCAUUAUUCUUGGUGUAAAUAUUAGUGAUUCAACUAAUAUGCCUACCUUUUCCAAUCGGUUCGGAAGUAAUACAACUACUCAUGAUGCCGUUACUUCCUCAACGCACCAUCACAGAAACGGAACUCAUAAGUCUAGCACACAUCGAUACCACAAACAUACAGCAGCAAGUAGUACCGAAAGUACUGGACAUAGUUACCAUAGGUUCAACAAAUACACUAAUCAUCAUUACGGAACCAAAAGAACCCAUACUGCUAGUACUUCUAGUGGGCAUCACAGAUUUAAACCAACACAUAGACGCACUUAUGUACAUAAUCGUUUUUCAGAUACCACUGAAACAACAGAUACUAAUCCAAAUAGUACUAAUAUCUCUAAUAACAAUGUAACGACAGUUACUUCAACUACUAGUAGAUACCACAGAUAUAAACCAGUUCACAAAAAUCAACAUAGUUAUCAUCGGUACUCCAAAACUAAUACUAAAAAAGACACUGCUUUAAACAAUACCAAUUUAGAAGUCAAUGGUACAAGCACUGCUCCUGUAACACAUGCCACACAUAGGUAUCACAGAUAUAAACCAGUUCAUAAAAAUCAUUACAGUCAUCAUCAGUAUUCACAUAUCAGUAACAAGAGCCCUGCCAAUAAUGCUACAAAAAUAAAUAGUACUGACAGCGAAGAUAAUAAUACUGAAACAACAACUAUUUCUACUCAUAGAUACCAUAGAUACAAACCAAUACAUAAAACCCAUCAUAAUUACCACAGUUCUCAUCAUGUAAAAACUACAGAAACUAGUUUGAAUGGUAGUACUACAGAAACUAGUAACAACGGCGAUAAUAAUACUGAAACAACUACUAUGUCUGUAAUAUCUUCCAGGACACAUAGGUAUCAUAGAUUUCAUCCAAAAACAAAUAUUUAUAAUGGUAAAAAUAUAGAGCGUUCACAUAAUAAACCUUCAGGUAGUUAUUUUUAUACUACCAGACACCAUUCACAUAAUAAACAAGGCAACGAUGGAGAUUAUACUACAACAGAAAUGUCAAUAAACAAAAAUAUAUAUCAGAAGUAUAGAUAUCGCAACCACUUUUCCAAUAGUUUUUUAAAUCGUCCAAGUUCAACAGACAAUCCCAACUCCACUUCUUCCAACACGAUCACUCCCAAUACUACUACUUCUUCAUUAGCAUUAGAAAAAACCGAUAAUCUAAAUAGUACUAGUUCUGAGACGUCAACAAGUGCCUAUGAAAGAUUUAGGCAUCAUAGACCUAGUUUUUUAAAUUCUCGAUUUGGAACGGUUAAUAAUCACGUAGCAAUUCAUCACAGCAAUACAUCUUCACAACCAAAUGCAAAUAAUAGUAACAGUAAUGGCACAAAAUCUGAAGGACCUACUAUAAAUCCUAAAGGAGAUAGUGGAACAGAUACUACAACUGAAAUAUCUAGCACUUACGCAUACGACAGGUAUAAAAGAAUGCGUCAUAGAAUGACCUUUAAGCCUCAUUCAACCAUAACCAAACAUAUACAUCCUUCUGAAUCUAAUACGUCUGAAAGUAUGGAAAAUGAAACAACGACUAUUAGACCUAUUUCAAGAACUAGUAUAUAUCAACGAUAUCGAAACGUUCAUAGACCUAUGCAAGUGAAACCUUUAAUACAAGUCAAUCAUAAAGAAACUACGGUAACUUCUGAUGAAGCAACAAUAAGUGAACAUACGACACAGCCUGGAAUAACAGAUGAAAUCACUAGUGUGUAUGACAGAUAUAGAAAAUUCCGUCACAGGAUGAACUUUAAGCCACACGUGGAAACUUCCAAGGGUACAACUCAAACUCAUUCGAACACAUCUGAACCCAGUCCAACUGACAGUAUUGGAAAUGAAAUUACGACCCAAGAACCUACUGAAAGUACCAGUGUAUAUGAUAGAUUCCGUCACGCUCAUAGACCUAGAUUAAUGAGGCCAUUAGUGCAAGUCAGACAUCAAGAAACAACUCAAACUCUUUCAAACUCAUCUGAACCCAAUUCAACGGAGAGUUUUGGUAAUGAGAUUACAACUCAAGAACCUACUGUAAGUACCAGUGUAUAUGAAAGAUUCCGUCAUUUGCAUAGACCUAUGCGGAUGAGACCAUUAAUGCAAGCUAGACAUGAAGAAACAACUACUCUUGAUCCAACUGAUACUACUCAAAUUCAUUUAAAUCCAUCUGAAACUAUUUCUACCGACAGAUAUGGAAAUGAAAUUACAACAGAAGAACCUACUGAGAGUACUAAUGUGUAUAGUAGAUUCCGUCAUGCAUAUAGACCUAUGCGUAUGAGACCAUUAAUGCAAGCUAGACAUGAAGAAACAACUACUCUUGGUACAACUGAUACUACUCAAAUUCGUUUCAAUCCAUCUGAAUCCAUUCCUACCGACAGAUAUGGAAAUGAAAUUACAACAGAAGAACCUACUGAGAGUACUAGUGUGUAUGAUAGAUUUCGUCAUGCACAUAUACCUAUGCGUAUGAGACCAUUAAUGCAAGCUAGACAUGAAGAAACAACUACUCUUGAUCCAACUGAUACUACUCAAAUUCAUUUAAAUCCAUCUAGAACUAUUGCUACCGACAGAUAUGGAAAUGAAAUUACAACAGAAGAACCUACUGAGAGUACUAGUGUGUAUGAUAGAUUCCGUCAUGCACAUAGACCUAUGCGUAUGAGACCAUUAAUGCAAGCUAGACAUGAAGAAACAACUACUCUUGGUACAACUGAUACUACUCAAAUUCGUUUCAAUCCAUCUGAAUCCAUUCCUACCGACAGAUAUGGAAAUGAAAUUACAACAGAAGAACCUACUGAGAGUACUAGUGUGUAUGAUAGACUCCGUCAUGCACAUAGACCUAUGCGUAUGAGACCAUUAAUGCAAGCUAGACAUGAAGAAACAACUACUCUUGAUCCAACUGAUACUACUCAAAUUCAUUUAAAUCCAUCUGAAACUAUUCCUACCGACAGGUAUGGAAAUGAAAUUACAACAGAAGAACCUACUGAGAGUACUAGUGUGUAUGAUAGAUUCCGUCAUGCACAUAGACCUAUGCGUAUGAAACCAUUAAUGCAAGCUAGACAUGAAGAAACAACUACUCUUGCUACAACUGAUACUACUCAAAUUCGUUUAAAUCCAUCUGACUCCAUUCCAACUGACAGAUAUAUAAAUGAAAUUACAACAGAAGAACCUACUGAGAGUACUAAUGUGUAUGAUAGAUUCCGUCAUGCACAUAGACCUAUGCGUAUGAGACCAUUAAUGCAAGCUAGACAUGAAGAAACAACUACUCUUGCUACAACUGAUACUACUCAAAUUCAUUUAAAUCCAUCUGACUCCAUUCCAACUGACAGAUAUGGAAAUGAAAUUACAACCCAAGAACCUACUGCAAGUACUAGUGUCUAUGAAAGAUUUCGUCACGCUGGUAGACCGGUACAUAUGAGACCAUUAAUGCAAGUCAGACAUACAGAAACAACUAACUCUGAUAUUAUUGAUACAACUGAUUCUACAACAGAUGUUACAAUAACAACUGAUACAACUGAUGUAACCAGUUUAUAUGACAGAUAUAGAAAAUUCCGUAAUAUCCAUAGACCUGUACAUAUGAAACCCAUAAUAACUACAGUAGAACCUAAUACUUCCGAAACUGCAUACGAUCUGCAAGAUAAUGAAAGUUCGACUAUAACGGAAGCUGCUACAAAUAUUCCUGAAACAAGUAGGCCACGUAUACAUAUGAGACCGCGUAUUUCCCAAGUGAACCAUAAUGAAUUCAGUGCCCAUUCACAGUAUCCAAAAAGAAUGCUAUUUAAUAGACAUCUUUAUGAUAGGCGACCACUUAGCCAACACAAAGCAAUUAUUAAAGACGACAAUAAUGAAGAUACCGAAACUACAAUAGCUCCAGAACUUUCUGGUAAUGAACACACUGAGAAUAGACAGAGACAUCCAAACCAAAGAAGUUUUUCUGGAAAUGAAGAUGACGAUUCAGUUAACUCAGUUCAAACACGAGAAGAUAUGGUAGAUCAUGACACUAAUUAUCGUCAACCGAUUCACAUGAGACCCCGAUAUUUGGCAACUCAUAGAAGACCUUCUGAUGCAAACGAGAAUUAUGACGAAUCAGAUUUAGACCCUGAAGAAUCUGGGUAUAAAGUAAGAAGACGAGUACAUAAUCGGCACUUGCGCAGAAGAUCACAACAUUAUUACCCAGAAUCAGAUGCUCCGGAAUAUUAUGGCGCAUAUGGUAAAAAUAUUCCUGAAGAUAGAAACAAUGAUGGCAUACCUCCUAAAUUUCAGAAUCAAAUAAGUCAAAAUUUAGCUACAAAAACCGAUUCAAUAGGAGUAAUGUACGAAGAGGAUCCUGUAGGCCAUGAUCAUGAGGGCCAUAUCAAAGUUAAACAUUCUAUAUCGGAUAGCGAAUAUUUCAAUAGUUUGGAAAGCGAUGACAGUUUUCAAGUAAACCCUUUACGUGCUGAUGCUUUUGCUAGUGAAUCCAUAAUAAAUAGAGAAGACCGGGAUACCUUUGGGACAAACACUUCAAACAUCGUUUUAAACGAUGAAGAAAAAAACGCAUCAAAGACGAAGACCAAACAAAAUGAAUCGUUAAGUGAAAAUACUAGUGAACAUAAAAGGGAUGACAGAGUGUCAUUUGGUUUGGAGGAUACAUUAUUUGCAGACGAAGCAUCUGAUGAUUUACUCUUCGAGGCAGAAGACCACGCAGCCAGCGAUCUCUUUGGCGAUGCUGUCGAGCCGACAAUAUCCCCUUUUGAAAAAGUUACUGUUUCUUUACCAAAAAGUUUUUAUACCAGUAGUUUGGACAAUAUUUUAGAAGAAGCAAACAAUCAAACAUCUUUGAAGAAAACAAAUAUUACAAUAAAACAAUCUCCAAAAAAUUCAGAAGAUAAUGAAGAACUAAUGAAGGAGAGAAAUAUAUCAGGUUUAAGCGAAACUGAACUCCACCAAAUGCAAAAAUAUAUUGAUGAACGAAAAUCUAUAACUGAUGAAGAAACUACUGAGCAGCAAUUGGUAACAGUUGAUCCAAAACACUGGUAUACGUUAAGUUAUCGCCAAGAUACUUCUGAUUCAAACGAAGUUGAUAGUGAAAGUACUCCAAAAUCUGAUACUACUCCAAAAUCUGAAACUUCUCCAAAAUCUGAAACUUCUCCAAAAUCUGAAACUACUUCAAAAUCUGAAACUACUCCAAAAUCUGAAACUACCCCAAAACCAAUAAUAAUUACAGAAGAAUUGGUCUCAAGUGUAACUAAUGAAAUACAAAAUUUUACUACAGAAAAUAUUUUAAUUAAAGAUAAAAUAGAACCAGUUACAGUAACUGAAACAACUGCAACUACUGAAACUGGAUCAACUGAAAAUAAAGUGAUAUAUUUUACUAUGCCCUACGAAGAUAACAAUAAUUCUUCUGAAAUAAAUACAAAAAAUAAAACAAUCGAAAAAGGAUACUCUCUUGAGGAACUUGGAAUGGAAAAUGUAGGCAUUAAAUCUAUAAUUGAUGUCUCAACAGAACCAUCUAUUAUUUCUACCACUGAUAAUAUAAAAAUAAAUACAUCUGGUUUAUUUUUGUUUAUUGAUAAUAAAGGAGAACAAACGGAGUUACCUUCACACAAAAAUAAAACAACAAAAGGAGAAAAUAUUAGAGUUAACCUGAAUAUAACAAAUAUAGAACUUGUUAAUAGUAAUAAUAAAAGUGUGGAGAGUCAUUCAAAUAUUAUUGAAUCUAGUACAAAAAUGACUAUCCAAUUAACUACAGAGUUAAAUAUUUUUAAUAGUACGAAUAAAAUUGAGAAUAUUAAAAAUGAAACUACUGUAAUUGAUAAUGCUAAAGAUACCAGCAAUCACGAUAAUAACAAAAUUGAUGUUAUAUCUAAUAACACAAUAAAAAAUGUCACCGAAGAAUCUACGAUUAACGGUAUUAAAACUGUAAAAAUUCUGGAAAGAAUGGGUACCAAAGAUAAAGUAAAAGAAAGUGACAUCUUAGUUAAAGAAAAACAAAAUAAUACUUCAUCGUCAAACUCAUCUAUUGAAGAACCCGCAGCUAAGAGUACAGAAACUGCAAAAAUUUUGGAAAGAAUGGAUACUGAAGACAAAGUAAAAGAAAGUGACAUCUUAGUUAAACAAAUACAAAAUGAUUCAUUGUCAAAUUCAUCUAUUGAAGACAAAAAAGAUAGUAUAUCAACUAAUUCAUUGAACAAAAUUUCUACAGAAGCAAAUCUUGAUGCAGAAACCACAACAGAAAGUAGAAGAAAUGUCACAACAGUAUCAUUAACAGAAAGCAACAUUUUAUCGUUAGCUACAACCAACCAAACUGUUGUACAAGAAAGUCAUCCUUUUAUCGUCACCAAUAUUUUUGGACAUAAAUCCAAUUUUACAGCUCAAUUACAAAUACAGAAUUCUUCCGACUACCUACCAUCAGAUGUCAACGUUACAGAAGACGCAAUAAAUCAGGUGUUGAACUUCACUUGGUCUCCCCACGAAGCCGUCGUCAAUACCAUUUCGUUAAAUCUAAGAAAAGUUUCCAAGCAUUAUGUUAUAGACGGUCUACAGCUGUAUCUCGUAAAGGACGGGAACGUGUCUGUUUGGACCAAAAAUGAAAUUCAACCGCAGAAGGAUGAAGUAUCGAAACAGCUGUGCUUAGAGAUUGAAAAGGGAGUCCGUGUUAUGUUUUCCAACCUUGAUUUUCUUACGGCAGAAGAGGAGGAGAGUAUCCUAGCAGUUACUUAA